AUGUAUGCGCAUGAACUGCCCGCUUAUAGACCAAGCAGAAGGGGUGGCGCCAGAACAAGGCGAAAUCGCCGCGAUUCUAUUCAACCUUCAUAUUCCCUGUCGGAAGUAUCGGUAGACCAAGUACACCCGCAUCAGGUUGCGAUCGAGAACUUCAUCGAGCCGGGCGCUGGCCUGAUAGAACUUCCAGAACUCUUACAGGACAGCGAUUACAUAUUCGACAGUCUGUUCUUACCGGGUACAGCAAAUUUAUCGGGGAUCACUGUAUCCACUCCUAUGGUGAGAACGUAUGAGUCUGAUUACGCAAUGUAUGUCCUUUCGUCUCAUCGACCAACAUCUUCUGACUCUGAUAGACUCGAGGCAUACUAUGUCUACAUACAUCCAUUCUUUCCUAUCCUUCCACCCCCGGUCCUCACACCUCUGGACCUUCCAGUAAAUCUCCGCAAAGAUGGCAUCCCCAAGUAUGAGCCAUCCAGUGCAGUUGGUCUUGCCAUAGCUGCCGUGCUUGCAUUGAUCCCUUGUGCCGAUGAUUUCAACUAUCAGACGCAAGAGUCCCUUUUGUUCAGACGCAACUAUGCGCACUACCUCGCUCACUCUGCACUUGAAAGUCUUGAAAGCGAAAAGGACAUCCCUGAAUUCAUAAACCCAUCUACCGCUCUUGCGGAACCCAGAGACGAACUUGAAACGCACCGAUUUCAUCAAGAGGUGCCCCAGGAAUUAGAGGAAAUUAUCACGCUUGAUAUCCUUAGCUUCUAUGAGUAUGCACAGCGUGGUAAUCUCAAGAAGAUGCAGUCGAGGGCAGGGCAGGCUUUGGUGUCGGCAAUAGCUUUGUCGCUCCACGAAUGUUCGGAGGAAGAUCCCGACUCAGAAGCGAAAGCUCGAGUGUGGUGGAUGACGUACAUCUGCAUGACCCAAGCAAGCAUUGUUAGCAAUUCGGCGCCGACAUCUUCAGCUCUACCCCAGCGUUCCGUUACAAAGUAUCCUUUCGUUCAAGCUGAUCCCGAGGCAUUUGAGUUGUUCAUCCAGGCUCAGCAGAUCCUCUUGACUUGUACGCAAUUCGCGGCCGAGCUUGUCAAGACGGCCAAAGCAAACGACGACAUGUUCAGUGUCUGCGAAAGGAUGAAAGCGCUCGAGCAGCACGUCGAGGGCGUGAACAGAGUAGCAGAUACUUGGAUCUUACAAGGCUCGCCCACGUCGCCACUGGAACGCACCGAAGAAGUUGUUUCUCGUGCUCUAAGAUGCAUGGCUCGCAUUAAACUCAAUAGAUACUGUGCGUUUUACGACAAACCCGUAUUUGUGGGUAAAUUUUGUGAUCUGGACUCGAAAUCACCCACCAGUUCCGCCCCUUCCUUGAGUAGUUACGAACUUGACAGCCCAAGUCCGUUGAAGGGCUUGCCAUCAGUUCUCGUGCCUGGCGCGAUUGAUCUUCUCCCGUUUACUAGGCAUCAAUCCACGAAAAUCUGUCUCAAAGCUGCCCUCAACGUCGCUCAGACCUUUAACGACCUCCCAUUUCCAAAUCCGACUGGCGAAUUUUGUAUACCACCAUGCUAUCUCAUGCCUGCUUCUACUCUCGCCGCUCCUCGGUUGAUGCCAUCCUUGGCAUGUUGUGCCAUGCAGUGUACAUACACUCUGGCCAUGGUGCACAGCAGGGUGGACUCAAUUUUCUCGGAGAACGGAGCAGCGAAUCCGGUGGCUGAAAACCUGCUCAUGCGUCUGCGAAUGGGCUUGACGUCCGUUUCAACAAUAUUUGAGAACUAUGCCACGGCGUUUGAAGCUUUGAGCGGGCUGCGAGGUACACCAAGUCCGCGGCAUAUUUUGAGCUUUCCCACAGAAUCCCAGCAUUCGGAAUUCCGAGCUGUCGCCGUUGCCCGUCCCUUUUGGGCGGUGGAGAUAAACCCAGCCCCCCGUUAUACUGUCACCCGAGUAAUACGCCUCGCGGCGUCGCAGUAUGGCCGCAUCCAAGUUCGAUAUGUGAGCAGCAGGUUCGCGAUGUCUACAACACCUAUCAAAUCAAGACCAUUGCGUCUCGCUAGACCGUUGACUACUUUUGCGCUUCCGCUUCCGCUUGCCGGAACUAGCGUCCUCGCGGCCGGUGUGCCCCUCUGUUCUUCUUCGUUACGGGCCGACGACGUUUGCCUAUCCCAUCAAAUUCGAGACCUUCGUGAUCCGACGCUGGCCAGGUUUCGUCUAUCAGAUAUCCGAAAGCACGAUGGCAAAUCAGGCGGUCCGUGGGCCACACGUGGAGACACAGCCUAUGUCGUCACAGAUUGGGUCGCCGCUCGUCCUGGCGGCGAAGUGAUACUAGAGGCUGCUGGCGGUAGCAUCGACCCGUACUCCGACAUCUUCACCAUCCACAAAACGGCAUAUAUCUACGAAAUACUCGAUCAGUAUAGAAUUGGGUCUGUACACUCUGACGGUCUUGUCGAUAGCAAACCGGCUGUACAGGAGAUCGAGGACACUUUUCAACAUGAUCCGCCGCGCGGUUCAAGGCUCCGUACCAUCGCUGCGAAGCCAUGCAAUGCCGAGAGCUCGGCUGACGUUGUCGAGUAG